GCAAGUUCCUUGCUUUAUGGUGCUGCAGAAAGGCGUACGGUACGGGACUAAGUCCACAGAUCAGUUGCAUUCAGGAGAGCCCAUGACUGGUAUGAUUGAUUCCGAUCCUUUCGGGAGCUCUGGCUCUACUGAGACAGAAGGCACCGGUAGCGAAUGCCAUCCAGAGUUCCCUGUUGCAGCACAAGAUCAAGCCUCCGCUGAAAAUGCUGAACCUUGCUCAGAGAACCUCCCAGAAUCUAUCGCUGCCCUUUCAUAUUUGGACCAAGACUCAACAGAGCAGGAGGAGCAAGAUCAAGCAAAGCAGGAAGAGUCUUCUGUUGUUCCUCCAGUGGAGCCCCCUGAGCCCCCACAACAGGAGCCUGCUCAGCCCCUGGAAACAUCUGAACAGGGUAGCCCCACCAAUAUGGAGCUGGAGGAAGCAUCGAAGGAUGGGGUUGAGGGGGAGGCGGAGCUGUCUUCUGCGGAGCUCCCUUUUCCUCCAGAGUUUGACAGAUACUUAAAAGUAGUGGAGGAAAAUCCAGAGGACUUCACAGCGUGGACCUACCUGUUGCAGUAUGUCGAGCAGGAGAAUCAUAUUGGCGCUGCCCGAAUGGCUUUUGACUCCUUUUUUGCUCGAUACCCAUACUGCUAUGGUUACUGGAAGAAAUAUGCUGACCAGGAGAGGAAAGCUGGCAAUGUGAAGAUGGCAGAGGAGGUGUACCGCCAGGGUCUGCAAGCCAUCCCUUUGAGCGUUGACCUAUGGCUGCAUUAUAUCAACUUCCUCAAGGAGACAGCUGACCCCAGCGACACAGAGGCUGAGGCUACAAUACGAUCUGCGUACGAACAUGCGGUAUUGGCAGCAGGAACUGACUUCCGCUCCGACCGUCUCUGGGAGAGCUUCAUCAACUGGGAGACUGAACUUGGCAACCUGGUCAACGUCACUGCCGUCUACGACCGUGUCCUGGGCAUCCCCACUCAGCUCUACAGCCACCACUUCCAGAGGUUCCGAGAGCACGUCCAGAACAGCCUGCCCAAGCAUUUCCUGUCACUCGACGAGUUUGUGCGUCUGCGGAAGGAGCUGGCCACGACGAACGGACACGGUGAGGGAGAAGCGCCAUCUGAAGAGACUGAGCUCCCACCUGACAUGGAGGACCUUGCCGAUCCCGCCAAGAUGGUCACGGAAAUUGAGAACAUGAGGCACAGAGUGAUGGAGUCCCGCCAGGAGGUGUUCAGUCACAAUGAACAUGAAGUCAGCAAGCGCUGGGCCUUUGAAGAAGGGAUUAAGCGGCCAUACUUCCACGUGAAACCCUUGGAGAAGACACAGCUGAGCAACUGGAAAGAGUACCUGGACUUCGAGAUUGAGAAUGGGACGCUGGAGCGUGUGGUCGUGCUGUUCGAGCGAUGUCUGGUGGCCUGCGCCCUCUAUGAAGAUCUAUGGAUUAAGUAUGCAAAGUAUAUGGAAAACCACAGCAUCGAAGCCGUGCGGAAUGUUUUCAAGAGAGCCUGUAUGAUACACCUGCCUAAGAAACCUACAGUUCACCUGCUCUGGGCUGCGUUUGAGGAGCAGCAGGGGAACAUUGAAGAGGCACGCGGAGUCUUGAAGACCUUGGAGCAUGUCGUUCCUGGGCUGGCCAUGGUGAGGUUACGCAGGGUAAGCCUGGAGCGUCGGCAUGGCAACCUGGAAGAAGCAGAAGCACUGCUACGGGAUGCAAUCGACAACGGGAAGAGCACCACAGAGUCAUCCUUUUACUCAAUCAAGCUGGCACGGCAUCUCUUCAAAGUGCAGAAAAGCUUGCAGAAGGCAAGGAAAGUACUCUUGGAAGCUAUUGAGAAGGAUAAGAUGAGCCCUCGGCUGUACCUGAACCUCCUUGAGCUGGAAUACAGUGGUGAUGUAAAGCAAAAUGAGGAAGACAUCCUGGCCUGCUUUGACAGAGCACUUACCAGCCCCCUGCCCCUGGAAUCUCGUCUCACCUUCUCCCAGCGCAAAGUAGAAUUUCUGGAGGACUUUGGCAGCGACGUUAACACGCUUGUUGCUUCGUAUGAAGAACACCAAAAGCUUCAAAAAGAUUAUGAAUCAACCAAGAGAAAGGCUGAAAAUGGCUCUCAAGAGCCGGAGCCGAAGAAGCAGCGCAUGGAAGACCACACAAUGAACAUGGGACAUAUGAUGCCAGACAUGCAGGCUAAUCACUCGGCCUACAACUACAACUGGUACCAGCAAUACAACUACCAGAACCCAUGGGGUUAUGGACAGUACUAUCCCCCACCUCCGACAUGAUGGAGGAGACGAGAUGACUACUAAAAGGAAAACACCCUUUCUACCUUGUCCUACAACCAGCACCUUCCUUUUACUCCUCUUGCUGAUAUUUGCCUUUUAUACAAAGAUCAUUUAAUUGGCUUUACUCCUCAUAAGCAGUUUUGUCUUCUGGGUAAAUGUGGCAAGCUUUGAACAAAAGUCUUUCUUGUCUAUUUCCUUCCCUUUCCAUAUGUGAUGACGGUGGUCAUUUAAAUUUUGGAUCCUGUCUUUUGUUUUGAGAUGUUCAUUUUGGGAAAUAAUCCUUCCAUCAGUAAUGACUUUCAUUAGUGUGAAAUUAAGAUGCAAAAAUUGAGAGCAAAGUUAAAUCAGAUUGUAGUUUUGAUUUUGAAAAUCUGAAAUGAGUAUAAAGAUCUUUGUUUUUUAUUGUGACUUCAUACAUUAAUUUCAUAAUAAAGAGUUCAAUAUCAUUAA